AUCCUUUUUUCGACAAGGAAGGUCCACUACAAAAUCACGCAAGAUGUUCUCUUUCAAAUCUAUCGUACUGAUCGCUGCGGCUUUCACCAUCGGAGCGGAAAGCAGUGGUGUUGCGGUACCAGCGGUGCCGGCGGCACCUCUGGUUGCCCCGGCGGCAGUGGGGUAUGCCCACGCUGUACCUCAGAACAUUCCACCUUAUGCUGCGCAGGUCAGCGUAGUUAGCAAGUCACUCGCUGCUCCCCUUGUCGCCGCGCCCUUCGCUGCCGCUGGUCCUUACGUUGCUGGUCCUUACGGCGCCGCACCUCUAGCUGCAGCACCUUACGCCGCAGCUCCUUAUGCUGCUGCUGCUUAUGCUGCGGCUCCUUACGCCGCCGGUCCCUACUUUGCUGGUCCUGGACCAGUGGUUCCAGCACCAUUAGCUGGACCUGCACCAUACGCUGCCCCCUUCCCAUACGCUGCAGCUCCUUUGGUGCGAGCCAGUCCAUUCGGCUACGCCCCAGCGUACGUGCGAUAGAUUAGAAAAGAAUACUUGACUGACCUUCCUUCUCAUAAGACUUGUAUCAAAG